AUGAUGAGGCCGCUCUCAGAAUGUGAGUUCGGGGUACACGCAUUUACACACAAGUUUGUGUGCAUUAAGCUUUAUAGAAUGCCUCUUUAAAUGCCGUGGAAAAAUCAAUAAUUCAGUCAGCUACUGUUAUCAGAGACAGAAAGAUGAACUGCUGCGUGCAACUUAUGUAAUUUUGGAAGUCCUGCAGGUAAGGAUCGGGUGAAGGACCCCAAGCAUCUGUGGCAUACAAAGAAUGCCUACCAUACUUAUUUUAGUGGGUUUUCGCUCGACGCGAUUACUUCGGUUUGGUGUUUCAUCGUACAAGGUUGGGUCGUCUGUUGCCCACGGUCUGGUGCAUUACCUGCAAUGAUCUCGGCUCAGAGAGCUGAUAGACACUCGUUGUAGACACUUAAUUUUUACUUUUUUUAAUUGUUCCGCAUAAUUUCGAUUGCUGUGUGUCAAUGCAGUUAAACUUUUCCGCCCGAAAAACGAAUUUAUCAAUUACCUAUACUUAUUUUGCCAUUCAUCUAUGCAUACAUAGGCCCCGCCCGUAAAACCCCUAUUACCACACUUCCCGUAAAGCAGACACCUUUGACUGGUCCUGUGUGUUUGGGGUCCUUCACCCGAUCUUUGCCGUCCUGCACAAAGAAACGCCGAUCUAUUCCGCCAGCAGCACAUUGUCAGGGGGUGAAAGGCCACGUAUGAUUCCAAGUCUUGUGUUUUCUACACCUCGAUGCGCUGGGAAAAUUCCCCUCGGAGUGUCGGUAACAAAAGGGAUCUGUUCGACUGAGCGACGUGUCAGUGAAGCGUGCACCGCUGUUCCCAAAAUACCUCAGCGACCAACUUGUCCCCCUGGCCACGAGUGGGGACAUUAGGGGGUCGACGCUCGCACGAACAAAUGGGCCGCGCCAGCAUGUACAUCGGCCGGGCGUACCCCGGGCCAGCAGGAGCGCUAGCUGAUAGUCAGAAGCAAAGGGUGGCCACAGAUGCGCUGGCGAGUCAGAGGUGGGGCUACGUGUCGGCAUGCGAGGGCAGUCGGGAGUGCGUCUGCGGGCCCACUGUUCCAAUUCACAGCAGGCCUUUUCGAAAAGUACUUUUCUUUCACGCUCCAUUAGCUGUGGAGCUGCGGGUGCGUGGUAGUGAGCGUCGGCCGCGUCCGUUUUUCGCAUCCCCCCCACCCUCCCCCCAAGACGACCUGGGACAUGCAAGGAUGCAGCAUCUGCACAGGUGAUGCGUUAAGAGGUGCAGCUGGGGAAGGUGCCCACUGACGGGGAUAACUCGAUCCCCUCAGGGCUCAGAGUCAAACUGCAAUGGCUCCUUAAUGCGGCCUUUAUGAAAUCCUCACCCACGUGAGAUCCGAGUUGUCCCUCCUGGUACAUGCAGUGGAGACACAGACGUAUGUGGCACGUCCAGGAGGGCUAUUUAGAUUUGUCCGAAAUUGCGUCCGCGUCCGCCUCACGGCGAUUGACGUUGUUUUGUUAUGGGAGCAAGAUGGGCGAGGGGGGAGAGCCAGAGAGAGCGCAGCUGGUGCCGCGUCAGACUGCCUCACUAUAAACUAAUUCGCGCCCAAAUCACCGGCCCUACGCCCAUUCACAUUCUCGUACACUUGAAAGCAGCUUAGGGCACCGCAUUAGGCAGCUUUCAUUUAUUGACAAGACGCUCACCCUUGUCUUUGUCGGUAGGGCCAUUCUGUCUAUAUCAUGCGCCGCUGUGCGGCUGCUGGCGAGGCUCGAGAGAGAGCUCCAAGGCACAAGGCGGGACGAGUGUGCUCCAUAGCACGAUCGGUGAGCGCCCUUCUACCAUUGUAUACACCUGAUCGCAACCGACAGGACAGCGAGUCCCUGACUCAGUUGCUAGGAGCGUUGGACUUCUAACUAACAGUUCACGGGAUCGAGCCGCAGGUGUUCCACUCUUCGGGGCUGGGUGUGGCUGGCUGACGAAGGCUAAUAAGCCAGAAGUGGGCACCCCAGUCCCCUUGUCUUUGUCGGUAAUGGUAUUCUGCUAGAGAGUGGUUUAGUUUUCUGUAAACCGAUGGUCUUCCAGGCCACGACUUCUAAGAUGUCAUGAUCGUCCGAAGGCACUUUGGUUAGAUCAGAGUCCAUCAACUCUGUUCGCAGUCGGUGUCAUUUCCUGCUGUAAGGUUUUGCUGACGAUAGUAGGUUAAUUCGAAUGGAUAUAAAGUGGUGCACAGUGGAUGAGCAGCAAUUUCACCUUCGUCCUGCCCGCCAAUCAACGCGUUGUCGAUUCCUCGUCUUCUCAUUCACCCGGUCAACCCUCCUCGUCGCUGAUUUUGAAACCUUCACUCGGGUUCGAUGCCUUGACUCCAACCACUUUAAGGAUUAUGUCCGAAGACGAAUGGUCAUCAAAAUUAAAAUUUGGUCACUAGCCCCGCCUAGUUUUCUUGCUCGUCUUUCACCGCCCUCACCAUUAUUCUAAAGUACCUACGUUGCUUAUAAGUAAGCAGCCGUAAAUCAAACAGCUCGUUUGAGGAUUAACCUCCGCUGAAGGUCUUGUUCGCGCUAUCCGUUUUCGUCUAUUUCUGACGAUGAGCUAGACUGAAAGUACAGGACGUCGAAAAAAUAAAACUGUGGGUCCAGCAAGCUUUACCCCUUAAAAUUCAAUGGCCAAAGAAUCUCGAUUUUAAUUCCAGGCUGUAAAUAUCUGGGGCUGGGUAUGGUCGGCUGACGAUGGCUAAUAAGCCAGAAAUGGCCACCUCAGUCAUUGCCGUCUGCGAGGGCUCUAGAUUGAGCCCCAAGUUGACAGGGAGUGAGCAUGUUCCGGGGUUCAAAUCUCUAGUUAUCUAAACCUGGAAUUGGCUUUGGUUGGCUAGCGACAACAAGGACUAAGAUGAUUUCGCGUGAUUGCCUUGCUGAGGAGGUCACAGAAACAGAAGUCAUCGCUAGGUCCCAUGUCGAGAUGCUGGUCGGUAAGAAGCAGGGUACACCUAACAAACGCGACUAUAAGCCUGCAGCUUUCCGUUGAUAAAAUUUGUCGGAUCCUUCGGGCGACGGUCACGUUUCUGAAUUUCAAGGUGCCCAUGAAGCUUUCAGUAGUCAUUUCCUGUUUCGAUUAUCCUGAGUCGGUGAGCAUAAGGAACGGUUUCUGCAUCUCAUAAUUAUCAAAACCUCCCAAUGUAGACAAGUCUGCAUAAAUUUUGCCCUUGUAAUGCGUCCUCGAAAGUUAAUUUGGUAGGACAAGGAACUGGGUGUCCCGCUCCCUAUGUGACAGAUGGUUUUGCGCUAAAUUUCAGGCGGUCCUUAUUCCCGUCUUCCAGUCCUAAUCCUCCCCCUGGAAUUUAGCGCAAUACGGGAGGGAGGGGACACCUAAUCCCGUGCCCCACCGUUGUUUUGUACGUACAGUAGGUGGGCUAACUCAUGAAGUAUCAACCGAAAUUCCGCAAUGCGUUUUCGUUUCGAAAAGAUUAAUUAAGUAGGGUUGUAAAAGUAGUCAGCCUGCAACAUAAUUCUAUAAUAAUUCAGCUGCCUCAGGAUGCCGGCUUUCGAAUGAAGUUCCUUCCGGCUGCAUGCAAAAACUAUGCUCUGUGAAAAAUCACUGCUUAAGUAGCAUGACUUUUUCUCAUUGAUUUUCGAUGUCCCUAAAUAUCCAAUUAUAUUUCAUAGAAAACAUGAACAAAAAUAUUCAUUCUUCCGCUCAUUCGGCAGCAAAUUACGUCUUUUUCCAAUCUUAUACUCGAAGGAAGGGUAUAAUUCGGUUUUCAAAAACUCUUCUAAUUUCCGAAUAAUUUUGAACCCGCUCUGCCGUCACACUUGCAUUCAGGGUUUCCAACCUACAAGCCAUGUAUUUUCCACGUACGGAAAACCAAUCAUUUCUCUACAGUAUUGAGAGGAGACCAUGUGGGGUUCAUAAAAUUUAGCAUUGGAUUUGAUCCAUCUCAACUUUACAAGCGACAUUGGCAAAUGCAGAGACAUGACGCUUUAUGAACGGCCAUUUCACGGUAUUAAAAGAUUUCACAAUUAGAAACUUUUUAAAAACCGAAUUAUCUCCCUCCUUCGAGUAUAAAAUUGAAAGACGUCAUUUUCUACCAAAUGAGCGAAAGAAUAAAUAUCUUUAUUCAUGUUUCCCAUGAAGUAUAAUUGGACCUUUAGCAGCAUCAAAAAUCAAUGAAAAAAAAAGUAUGCUACCUAAGUAGUCAUUUGUUACAGAGUGUAGUUUUCGCAUGUAGCCGAAAAGGAGUUCGUUCGAAAGCCGGCAUCUUGCGGUAACUGAAUUAUUAUAGAAUUAUGCUGCGCGAUGAUUAGUUUUACAACCAUACUUAAUUAAUAUUUUAGAAACGAAAACACAUUUCGGAAUUUCGGUUGACAUUUCAUGAAUUAGCCCACCUACUGUAGAUGGUGGUUUUGACCGCAGUCCAACUUAGGCAUAAAAAACCUUUACCGGAGAAUCUGGACCUCACUAACGAAGGUCGACAGUGAAUAUGUCGCUGGAUAAAUAAAAACACUCCCAACGGAAUUUUUUCUUUUUAAAGCGCAUUGCUGUGGAGUUUUACAGAUAAUUGCUCAUGCAUUUCCCCUUUUUCGAAAAUGAUGACAGAAACAGAUUGACACCGACAAUGGUUCUGCAAUAAACGAAAAAAUCCCUAUUUUGGGAUCGCUUUAGUUAUUAUUACUUUAGUUAUCAUUAAAAGUGUACUCUAGCGGGACAAUGAAAGCGUUAAGUGGUCUUUCUGACGAUUGGAACCGUUCCAGGCGCGUUUCUGAGUUGUUUCUUAACUGUACACAGGGCAGCUAAAGUGGCGAAGACAUGUUUGGCUGUUAAUUCUAGAAUAUUCGCACUUUUCUAGAGACUACGGGUGCAGCGGAACUAGAGAUUGCCCACCGGAACUAUCAUUACUCUCCAGGAUGCAAAAUUGCACACAUUGAAAGGGUGUUUCUUAAGAAGAAAAAUGGUUACUAUAGGGUGUAGGACCCCCAAGUACAUGACAACUCCAAAAAUAUACCUUAAAAUUCAGUGUGACUGUAAACAUCACUAAUUAUCCACCGUUCCCAUUCAUUGAAAUUUCCUUCCUUUUCAGACUUUAUGUAAACUUACCUGCGGCGUUUAAUUCGAAGUUCCUUAUUUUUUGAAAGCUGCUUUUUGUUUAUUUUUUAUUAUCGCGUUCACUUCCUUUGCCAAACAGCAGCAUACGAUAAAAUUUGCAGCAGAAAUUUAAAUAGUUUCCGUGUCUUCUUGCUCUACGUCCUGCGUGUUGCCCCACCCGAUAAAACCCCCUCUACCACCAACGUAUAACAUGGUCCACAGGCUAGCUCAAGUUAGUUGGGGGUCCUACACCCUAUCGUUGUCGAAAACACUCCCCUCUCAUUGGAUGUAAUUCCCGAUCGAAAACCGACAUGGCAACGGGCUCGUGGCCCUGUGGGUAGAGGCGUGGACUUCUAAACCAACAGGUCGCGAGUUCGAGGCUCGGGUGUUCCACACUUCGGGCUUGGGUAUGGCUGGCUGACGACGGCUAAUAAGCCAGAAAUGGCCAUUCCAGUCUCCCUUGUCUUUGUGGGUAAUGUCAGUCUGCCUAUAUAUCAUGCGCCGCUGUACGGCUGCUGGUUGGGCUCGAGAGAGAGCCCUUAAGGCACAACGGAACGAGUGCGGUCCGUAUGAACGAUCGGUGAGCGCCCCCUACCAUUGGAUGUAACUCAGUAAUUCUUGUCGUUUGUCCUACCUGGACUAUGCCUAUUGAAAAAGUCGAGCUUUGAGCUGGCCAACAGGGUUUUAGCGAACCUUGUUCACGCAUAUUAACGUUAUUCUUCAGACCAGUGAACGCCGUUACCAUAAGAAACCGCCCCGAUAUGAAGUAAUGUCGACUUUAAUUAAAAUUACAUUGCUUCCUUGACAACGUAUAAUAUAAGCAAGUCUGGCCAGUGAUUAAGAAAUUUGGGUGGAAUUGGCGGCUGCGAUUGUAAUUACGCAAUUUUCUGUGUCUCUCAAGAGAUCUCUCCUUCAGUAACAUUACUGUGUGAUUUUUGGCGACGAUACAUAUGUGACCAGUAGCAAGAAGGGACUUUUGAAAAUGUUGUAUAAUAAUACAUGAAAUUGUAUACUUGAUGUCUAUGCGCAUGCGUAGCAAGUAUGUUUCUUGUCUAGGUAAUCUGCCGAGUACGGGUGGACUGCGCGCGAUUCUGAAUUACCUCACCGACAACAUUGAACAUGAGAACUGCGCAGCCGCCUGUCUGGCCUGGGUGGCCGAAAAUGCAUGCCGGGCCGGCGCCGAUGUUCCCGACCUACUGCCUCUGCAUGUCUGGCGAGCCAUCCUUGUGCACAACGAGAACAGCCUCGUUGCCGAACAUGCGCUGGCCAUCCUGGCACACUGUACUGUGGUGGGAAAGAUGCACUUGGAGGACGCCAAGUCGACUGCCUCAAUGGGACCGAACGAGACUACCUUCCUGGAGACCCUGAUAGACAACAGUACCUUCUGGAAUGCAAACACCUUUCAGAUGAUAUAUGACCUCAUUGAAAAGCACGCCUCAGUCGACCGAGUGUUGGGCAACGGCUUCGCUCUGUUGGAUGCAGUCUUCUGCCCACCGGGACACAUCAGCUUUCAGAGAAAGGUGGAGAACGCCUUCUGGGAAAAGCAUGCAAAACUGUGCCAGAAACUGUGUGAGAUGGGCUUUGUUGAUCUCAUCCUCGGUGCUCUGCGGAAGGUGCGAGAGGGUAUUUCCGAGUUGUUGAGGCCUGCUCUGUCUGUGUUGUGGAAGCUGAGUGUUGACCGUGAGUACUCUUUUCCAACUGCACCCCUUUCAUUACAUACUGUUAACUGUAUCCCAUUUUCCAUACUACUACAAUUCGUGCAGCACUAUCUAUGGUCACACUGCGACGUCAGCAGCGGCAUUAUGUAACAGCAUUACAAUAGUCAAGUGGGGCCAGGGACAGAACAGUAGGCGGCCGUUUCAUUGUACAAAAGUCUCUGGGAUCUGAAAACUCACCCGGGUUCUUUCCUCUUCUUCUUUUUCAGGUAAAAACGCUAAGAGCUUCAUUGAAAAGGGCGCAUUUGUAGCAGUCUACGACGCCAUGAAGGCCUAUCCACAGCACAUUGGCGUUUUGAAUCAAGCAGCACUUUGUAUUUCUGCUCUGGCCAGUGAAAGUAAGCGUCUCAAAUUUCCCCCUACUCUUUAGCUGCGCUAACGGAGGAAGCACUGACUGACCUGGAUGUCAGUGCUCUUCUAUUGACCAUGGUGGAAAACUUCCUCAGUUACCCGGACCUUUGUCAUAAUGCCCUCCUGGCCAUGAGCACAAUUCUCCACAGAUCAGGUGAGAUAAACAAGACGUUUCCAAAAUUAGAGGGUCAGGCAAUUGUGUUGGAUUCAAAACAUGAAUCAACUAAUCUUGGCAAUCUCUCGUUUUACGAUGUCAUCAAAACUGCACAAGGACUGAUAAGUAUUUCGGGUUUUGUAGCAGAAUGUGACGAAAAACGGUUUUUGCCUCUUAGUCUGUGAAUAAUUAUGGCUGUUCUAAAUAUGCCGUUUUCACACACAGUAUCCCGACUGUCUCUGGCGACGAGGUUGGCCACGCUCCGGUAAGGCAGGUGCAGCAUCGUGAUCACGUCGUUAUCCACGAACAUGACAUUUAUGAAAGCAAAUUAUGGGCAUUAGGGAGCUCAAUCAACCAGACGGAGAUGAACAACGUAAGCUUCAAAUUAGCAUCUAACUGGCUGCCUUCGGGCUACCUUGCUUACACCGGCCAGUUGCAUUAACCAGUCUCUAUUCCGUUCUUCCUGACUCGCAGGGCGAGCCGACUUUUAGUCAAAGGUAAGGCUCUUAUGUACCGAAAAUAACUGACUCGAUCCAUAAGUUCUGACCGGGAAAAUUCCCCACUUCCCGUAAUCUGGCCCGACAGCAUUCUCUAACAGCUGGAAGAAGGGGAGUUUUAAUGUGGGCAUACAUUUGUCAUAAUACUUUACUUUAGAUGUUCAAACUUCUCACGGCCAGCGUUCACACAUGACUUUCCAUGAGCGAAUUUCAUGAGAUUUGAACUUGCCUGUGCGUUCUUACUCUUCAGAUGUGCCAACAAGAGUGAUAAAAAUGUGGUCCCUAUUUGAAGUACCGUUGCUUUAAGGCUUUCCUGGUUAAAACCAUUUUUUAGCCUAAAUAAUCCUCCAGUUCAGUGACGCUGUUCAACAGUGGCCUCAUUUCAGUUUGUUUUUAACGACGAUCGGUACACAUGACCAUGUCAUACCCGUAGAGUUUCAGGCAUGCAGGAACUAAUCGUGUAUUUUGUCCUAAAGAUUAAAAACAAAAGAGCAAUUAUGACCCGCGUCUUCGUCAAGUUCACUUUUUGUGUGUCCUAGGACUGAAACACGUAAAGUAGUAUUGAAGCAGAGCAAUCCGGUAGUGUCCACUGCAUCACGGCACACCAUCUUGCAAUUAUAACAGGUCGAUAGACGUCCUCCCACUUGCGGCAACUAGCUGCCCAGUUAGUGAGCACAUCUGAGCCUCAGCCUGUCUGGGCUUGUGAAGUAUGACGACAGUAACCCGACCACCAGAAUUAACCGUUCCGAUCUUCUCUCUUGUCUUCGUCAGUGACACGUCUGUCUUGUUGGUCGCUCGCCACUACUCGUCUAUUUACGUGGGUUUGAAGCUAAAUGAGACGUCCCUAUUCUGUGCUGCAACCAGGCCAAAUCGAUGAACUCCACUCUCAGGUCACUUUAUGCCUUUUUUUCUUACAGAAAAGCAGGCACUUCAUUUUAUUCAUUGCGUGAACAUGGACAACGAAUCCAAAGCUAUCAAAUGUCUGGACGACAUCUACAGAACGCACUUUGACAACCUGACAAUAAUUGAGGCGGUGUGCUCCGUGGCUGACGCCAUGUUAAGUUAUGGUAAUUAGCUCUUGUGCCUUAUUUUUGUUCAAAGCAAACAGGGUUUUUAGGAAAGAAAGCCCAGUCGAUGUUAAAAAAAACCCGCUCACUAUAACAGUCAUUGGAGUAAAGGAGCAUUGGUUGUUUGAUCGCCGAAUGUUAGGUUGUAGAGGGUACUUCUCGCCCUUGCGGCAGACUUGUUUAAAUAAAACGCUAAGACCCAGAGUCUGAUGCAAAUUACUGGUCACAACCCACUAGCCUCCCCGUAGACAGAAUGAUUUGCGCUUUAUAAUAAAAUUAUUAUUUCUAUCAAUCGAGUGUGGAGUGAAUUCGGUGGAAGAGGAACUUCCAGGUUUAACCCCGAUUUAGGUAAAAUACUACUAGCUUCACCGAUAGUGAUACAUGCUUUUGAACAAAAUUAUUUUACAAUAAUAUUAGCGCGGCCACUUGUUGAAAGUUUGCGCAAAUUGUUAAAAUUACAGACUAUUUCCACUUGUCUGACUUUGCAUGACCCAUAGUCUUGGCUGAAAAGAGUAAAGCGAAGUCAUAACGGUCAUUUGUCUCUUUUCUUUAUUAAAAAGUCUGUGCACUUUCUUUUGAUUCUAUUUCCGACCUUCAAGUACUACCUUAACUACCAUGCUUUUUUUGCAGAUGGCAUUGUCGAAGCGCUAGUGGGGGAACUGGACAAGAUUAAGCGACUUCUCAAGGAGAUUUUCAACCGAUUUCCCGUAAUUCAUGUACGUUCUCUUAUUCUCAUGCGCUCAGCGGGUUAUGCACAUAAGCUAUUUUGUACGCGCCUAAACCAAUGUCAGUCUCAUCAUGCCGCGGAGUGCUGGGGAUAUAUAUGCCGUUCACUUCAAGCGACCGGUCGACUACCGAAACCGAAUUUCAGCCUUCCCAGUCCUUCUUUUCGUAUUUUGAUUUAGUUCUCGGUGGGGAACAGUGUUCGACUGUUUUGCAUCAAAGUAUCCAGCAACGCAAAAACAAAGGGAGACAGCGUGCGCCAGACGACAGUUCGACCGUCGCGAGCGACAAUGUCCCCUGUGUGCCCAACGAGACGGACACAUGAUGGUGACUUGCGUAGCACCUACCACACUCUUCCAUCUGGCUUCGAUAGCAUAAUGUCAAGGCGUGUUCGUACGCAGUAUCUGACAGACCUACACAACCCGCGUAGGCGUGCAAUACAUAACCUGGUCCCACGGCAUGUACAAGAGCGGACUAGCUAAGGAUUUGUACUUCUGGGAUUCGUUUUUCGAACGCCUUCUCCAAGACAAGAUGACGGGAGGGCUCAACUGAUAUACGUGCUUUUUCAUUUUAGGGAAUUGGAGACGUUUGCGCCGGUGCUCUGCGCAAGAUACCGGCCGAAUACUGGCAAGACGAACCAAUCAGCACGAGGACCUCCGUUACGGCAGACUCAUAA